AGAGUCGCAGCUUUUCACUGUUUCUCUUUGCCUAAAUUUCACAUUUAUAUCAUGAACUCAGUCAUAAAAAAACCAAUGCUUUCUCACCUAGUAUAAUCAUAGCCACGGCAUUAGCAAUGAGCUACCUUUUUCAUGGUGACCAAGAUUCAUAUAAGAUACUAUCUCUGCAAUUGCAGAUAUGGGUCCUAAUCCUAUGACCCUAUUGACCAUUGCUCCAAGCCUCCAAGCAUUUAGGAGCCACAAUUUUAUUUGACUUUGCGCCCCCCAUGGAACAAGGAAUCUAUCUGUAUGAGUAUGUAAGGUCGGUACCAGCUCAUUUUUUGGGAUUUAGCACCAAAAGGUAGGUACAUAAUCAUAUUACCCGAUUACAUACAAAGCUCACGUAAUUUAUUUUGAGACUUCAAGAUAAGAUUUCAGGCUAUUUAAAAAAUAAUUUGUGUAGAUAGUGUGUGCGAGAAUGUGUGCACUAACAGUUAACCAUUAAAUUUUAGAAAUCAACAUUUUUUUAUAAUUAUUUUUACAAUGAUUGAUGUGACCUGUUAUGAUUAGUAUAUUAUAAAAUAUAUAUAUGUUUAUGUUAGGUUUGGAUUUGACCUACCCAGGUCUUUUGUUUCUUUUUGACGAACCACAGCUUGUAACGGAGGAUUUGCUGGCUCUUGAUAAAACUGAGCAUCCUUGUAACAAAUUUAUUUUUCCUUAAUCUUCUUUUCUUUUUCUUUUCCUUUUUUAAAUGAACAAGUAACUCAUUUUCAACCAAAAAAUAAAAAUAAAAAUGAUAUUAAUUAUGAAUUAUAUAAAAGUGGUGUUAUUCUAAUUAUAACUCAUCACUUCAAAAACUUGUGAAAAAAAAAAAAAAUUGUAAAGAAAAAAAAUAGUCAAAAAGAGAAAAUAUAGAACUACAAUCUUUUUGUACCAGAACUUUGCCACAACUAUCAUACUACAAGUGAUGGGUACAAGUAAAAAUAAUAAGUUUUCGAUCACAAUUUAUCACAUAACAUAAACCUUAUAAAAAAGUGUACAGUAAAGUUUGUGAUCCGAAAAUAACCCUACUUAAAAUUCACAAAGUUAAAAAGUAAUGAUAGGUGAGGACAUAAUUGUCCUUUCAAAUUCACUAUGAGCUUAUCCGAAAUCAGUGGGCGCCCAGAAUAUUCCACUUGAGUUUCUUUUUUGGGUUAUAGUGCGAGAAAUAGAGAUGCUCCAUUGGCCAAAGAAGAUGGUGGGUUUUUGGGCAUUAUCAUGGAUUCAUACUCAUAGAGGAUCAUUAUAAAAAGAUUUGUUAAUCAUCAACCACACUAUAAAUUAAGACUAAAAUUAUGAUCCAACACCAUGCGAAUAUCAUUCCUUAUGGGCUUUCUCUACGUUGUCUUGACACAUACAAUACAACAAAGGGAUCGAUACAAAGUACACAUAAUUUUAAACAAUUAUACACUUAAUAGGAUACUUAAACAAAAGAAAGAGAUAAGACUUCAAUAUACACAUCUUAAUUUCUUAUUAAUUUGACUACCUACCAUAUAAUCAGUCAAAUAUAAUAGGGAAGUUGAGGAAGUAACAAACUUUGAUAUUAUCCCUUUAAUUUUUCUUUAAAAUAAAAUCCCUAACCUAUUAAUGGUUCAAUAAAAUCCCUAAUAUGAUGCUCUUACCAUUUAAACACAUAGUCAAAUUGUCCAUUUCAAUACCCUAAUUGUUUUUAGUUGCUAUAAAAUUUCAACACGUAAACGACAAGAAAUUUAAACAAUUGAACUAAUUGAAAAUCACAAUUUAAUAAGCUUUUAAUGCAACAAUUAUCUCAUGACUGUGUAAAUCUAAUAAUUAUCUUCUCAGAAUCUACAAAUGUAUGAAAACGAAACUCACACAAUUUGAGAGAAAUGAUGUAUAUAUAUAAUAUAUGAUAGGAGGUACAGUUUCGAGUCUUUUGCCAAGUAAAAAGUUGGUGAAUUUUUUACCCAAAAAAAAGGUCAAAGUUCCAUGAAAGUUGAUGCGAGCUUCCCUCACACCAUAACAUCUCCUCUAUUAUUAUUAUUAUUAUUAUUAUUAUAAAAGCAAGAACAAAAAAACAAUAUAAUCCAAAAUUAGCAAUGUUUAUUUAUUGUUUAAUGCUCAAGCAUUCCACCAAACAAAGUAACAACCACACACAUACACACAGUAAAAACCCAGAAAUGAGCCUCUCUUUCCUCCAUACAAAUUAAAAACACAAAAAAAAAAAAAAAAAAAAAAUUUCUUUAUUGUUAAUAUUAUAUAUUAUUAUAUUAAAAUCAAAAAAAAAAUUUAAUCUAGUUUUAAACUUUCUAAAUCCAUUUGUUCUCUCAAAUCUGCGUUCUUUUUUUGCAUAUAUAAAGCCAGCUCGUAGUUUCUUUGUUUCUCCAAAAAUCAACCACCACUUUCACGUAACAGCUCUCUCUCUCCUUUUCUUUCUCUCAGUCAGUCUCUCACAUUUUGUCGUUUCGUUUCGGUUAUUUUUGUUUGGUUUCGGUGCUUUAUUGUUUCCAAAUGGUGAUGGAGGACAACGAGAGCUGCGGGAGCAGACCGAACGACGCGUCGUCGUUGUAUUCGCCGGCGCUUUCGCCGUCGCCGUCGUUGCAGUCUCAGACACGGCAGCAGCGCCAGAAACUCGAGGUUUACAAUGAGGUUCUCCGCCGCCUCAAGGAUUCGAACAACGACGAAGCUCUUCAACCUGGCUUCGACGACCAGCUUUGGUCUCACUUCAAUCGCCUCCCCACUCGGUAUGCGCUUGAUGUGAAUGUACAGAGGCCAGAAGAUGUGCUAAUGCACAAAAGAUUGCUGCAUUUGGCUCUCGAUCCGGUUCACAGGCCUGCGAUUGAAGUUCGUCUCGUUCAGGUUCAUUCAACUUCUGAUGGGAAUUCAGCUGCUUCUGCGCAUUCAGAUUUUCCUGGUGGAGAAGCUGCCCAUAAUGCUAUAAACUACUCUAGCAGACAAAGCAUACACCCACCACCUGCCUUCGGUUCAUCUCCAAACCUUGAAGCCCUUGCACUUGAAGCAGAAAAAAAUCAUGAUCCAGAUGAGGAACAUUCUGUUCAUGCCAAUGCACAGUUUUAUCAGCCCAUGCAUGAAAUCACGUUCUCUUCAGAUGACAAGCCCAAACUUCUUAGUCUGUUAACUUCUUUGCUUGCCGAGAUGGGAUUAAACAUCCAAGAAGCACAUGCUUUUUCAACAGUAGAUGGUUACUCUUUAGAUGUCUUUGUUGUUGAUGGUUGGCCUUAUGAGGACACGGAGCAGCUCAAAACUGCAUUGGAAAGGGAGGUUUUAAAACUUGAGAGGCAGGCUUGGCCAAAUCCUCAAUCAUUACCUCCUGUAGGCAAGCUUGAUCUAGCAAAGAUCAAAUGUGAACCUGAUCAUUUGACAAUCCCUAAUGAUGGGACUGAUGUAUGGGAAAUUGAUCCUAAUCAUCUGACGUUUGGAAACAAAAUUGCAUCUGGGUCAUAUGGUGACCUCUACAAAGGUACAUAUUGUAGUCAGGAAGUAGCUAUUAAAGUCCUCAAGCCUGAGCGUGUAAAUUCAGAUAUGCAGAGAGAGUUUGCACAGGAGGUCUUUAUAAUGAGAAAAGUUCGACAUAAGAAUGUUGUACAAUUCAUAGGUGCAUGUACCAAGCCUCCAAGCUUGUGCAUUAUAACAGAAUAUAUGUCCGGUGGAAGUGUGUAUGACUUUUUACAUAAACAAAAGGGAGUUUUCAAGCUUCCAGCCUUGAUCAGAGUAGCAAUUGAUGUUUCCAAGGGAAUGGACUACUUGCACAAAAAUAAUAUAAUCCACAGAGAUUUGAAGGCUGCUAAUCUUUUGAUGGAUGAAAAUGAGGUUGUUAAGGUUGCUGAUUUUGGGGUUGCUAGAGUAAAAACUCAAUCUGGAGUUAUGACUGCAGAAACUGGAACAUAUCGGUGGAUGGCUCCUGAGGUUAUAGAACAUAAGCCUUACGAUCACAAGGCUGAUGUUUUUAGCUUCGCAAUUGUAUUAUGGGAGCUACUAACUGGAAAGCUUCCAUAUGAAUACUUAACCCCAUUGCAAGCAGCUGUAGGGGUGGUUCAGAAGUGUCUACGGCCUAUUAUCCCAAAGCACACUCAUCCAAAGCUUGCUGAGCUGCUUGAGAAAUGCUGGCAGCAAGAUCCAGCAUUAAGACCAGACUUCUCUGAAAUUAUAGAGAUCCUGCAACAAAUGGCAAAGGAGGUUGGAGACGAAGGAGAGGGAAAGCACAAGGAGAAGUCAUCUGGAGGGUUCCUGUCUGUUCUUAGAAGGGGUCAUCACUAAUGAGGACAGAAUAAUUCAGUUAACAUGGACCGUAGGAUUUUCGUGCAGACCAUUUGUCACUCUUUACAUUAGUAUGUACAGUAUAUUGUUCAAAUGAUCAUCUUUUUCUGAUCCUUUCUGAUAUGUUUACCUCUAUCCAUUCUAUUAACCGGCCAUUCCCUUUUAGAUAUUGUUAUACCAUUUAUCAAUUUAUAAGCAGGGGUAAUGGUUGGGAAAAGAGUAGUUGUAACCAUUUACAGAUCUUCUACGGCUUUAUAAUAAGAAAUUACUGAUGGGAAUUUUUCUUUCACU